CUCUUCACUAUUACUCCACUGCCUCUAGAAUUCAAAGACACAAAAGAGAUGGCAUCCUUAUCUUCUAGCCAUUUUGUCACAUCUUUUCUCAUAGCAUUUUUCAUUAGUUGCGACAUAUUCUCUUCAACCUCAGCAGCUAGAGACCUUGCACAAAAAACCAAUAAUGAAUUCUUGAAAACAUCUUGCAGUGCAACAAUCUACCGAAAACUUUGCCUUACUUCCCUCUCAAGCCAUGCCAAUGCAAUCCAAACAAGCCCGAAACUUAUGGCCAGCGAAGCCCUCACCGUGACGCUUGCCUCCGCCAAAUCAACCUCUAUCAUGAUGUUGAAACUCUCCCAAAGCCAUGGCAUGAAGCCUAGAGAAGUCGGAGCCAUGAGGGACUGCGUCGAAGAGUUAAGUGAUUCGGUUGAUGCGAUUCAAAGGUCCAUAGCUGAGAUGGGCAACUUCAGGAGCUCGGAUUUUCAGCUCAUGAUAAGUGAUGUGCAAACUUGGGUUAGUGCUGCUUUGACAGAUGAGACCACUUGCUCUGAUGGGUUUGGUGGAAAUUUGAUGAAUGGCAAUUUGAAGACUGUCGUGAGGGGCAGAAUUGUGAACAUCGCACAAUUGACUAGCAAUUCUUUGGCUUUGGUCAAUAGAUAUGCCUCAGUUCAUGGUUAAACAUAUCAACGGCUCUACUUAAGAUAAUUUUUGAAGAAUUAGGUGCAUGCAAUAUUAUAUUGUUUAAUAAGAAACUGUGUUCUAAAUUUGCUACGUACACUAGAAUUGCAAGUGUAGCUCUCUUUUUGGGUAAAUGUACGUGUGGUUCUGUAAGCAACCAAGCAUAAUAGUAUAUAUUGAGAAGUUGGUCUUGAAACUGUAUAUAAAAAAGCUUAAUUUUUCAAUAAUUCAAUAAAGUUUUAGAUGCUGUUUGGUUAAAGAA